AUGUUCUACAAUCUAUUUGCUCUUUUCGCUAUUUUGGCUGUGGCUUUCUCUGCACCGAAGCCAGAGCCAGCGCCUCAACUGAUCGCUUACUCCGGUGGUUAUGACUACGUGUACCCGGCUGCUGGAGUACCAUCAGUCUAUUCGCCGUACUCAGCUCCUUUCACUCGUCUCUCUUACUCUGCUUAUCCGUUUGACACUUUCUUUGUUCGU